AUGUUCUUAGUUAGCAAACUUAUCUUGGAGCUCCGGGACUCACAUUGUAAAGGGUUCAGGGUUCAGGGCUCAGGGCUCAGGGCUCAGGGCUCAGGGUUCAGGGCUCAGGCUCAGGGCUCAGGGCUCAGGGCUCAGGGCUCAGGGCUCAGGGCUCAGGGCUCAGGGCUCAGGGCUCAGGGCUCAGGGAUCAGGGCUCAGGGCUCAGGGUUCAGGGCUCAGGGUUCAGGGUUCAGGGUUCAGGGUUCAGGGUUCAGGGCUCAGGGCUCAGGGCUCAGGGUUCAGGGCUCAGGCUCAGGGCUCAGGGCUCAGGGAUCAGGGCUCAGGGAUCAGGGCUCAGGGAUCAGGGCUCAGGGAUCAGGGCUCAGGGAUCAGGGAUCAGGGCUCAGGGCUCAGGGCUCAGGGCUCAGGGCUCAGGGCUCAGGGCUCAGGGCUCAGGGCUCAGGGCUCAGGGCUCAGGGCUCAGGGCUCAGGGCUCAGGGCUCAGGGCUCAGGGCUCAGGGCUCAGGGCUCAGGGCUCAGGGCUCAGGGCUCAGGGCUCAGGGCUCAGGGCUCAGGGCUCAGGGCUCAGGGCUCAGGGCUCAGGGCUCAGGGCUCAGGGCUCAGGGCUCAGGGCUCAGGGCUCAGGGCUCAGGGCUCAGGGCUCAGGGCUCAGGGCUCAGGGCUCAGGGCUCAGGGCUCAGGGCUCAGGGCUCAGGGCUCAGGGCUCAGGGCUCAGGGCUCAGGGCUCAGGGCUCAGGGCUCAGGGCUCAGGGCUCAGGGCUCAGGGCUCAGGGCUCAGGGCUCAGGGCUCAGGGCUCAGGGCUCAGGGCUCAGGGCUCAGGGCUCAGGGCUCAGGGCUCAGGGCUCAGGGCUCAGGGCUCAGGGCUCAGGGCUCAGGGCUCAGGGCUCAGGGCUCAGGGCUCAGGGCUCAGGGCUCAGGGCUCAGGGCUCAGGGCUCAGGGCUCAGGGCUCAGGGCUCAGGGCUCAGGGCUCAGGGCUCAGGGCUCAGGGCUCAGGGCUCAGGGCUCAGGGCUCAGGGCUCAGGGCUCAGGGCUCAGGGCUCAGGGCUCAGGGCUCAGGGCUCAGGGCUCAGGGCUCAGGGCUCAGGGCUCAGGGCUCAGGGCUCAGGGCUCAGGGCUCAGGGCUCAGGGCUCAGGGCUCAGGGCUCAGGGCUCAGGGCUCAGGGCUCAGGGCUCAGGGCUCAGGGCUCAGGGUUCAGGGUUCAGG